AUGCCAACAAAACUUUAUAUUGGUAAUGUGCCUCCAACAGUGAGUUCAACUGAAUUAAAGGAAUUAUUUGAAAAAUAUGGCAAAGUACUUGAAUGUGACAUUGUUAAAGAUUAUGCAUUUGUUCAUAUGGAAGAUGCAAGUAAAGCUAAAGCAUCUAUAGCAGCUUUAAAUGAUUUUAAUUUAAAAGGAAGUCGUAUUAGAGUUGAAAUAUCAACAACACAACUUCGAAAUUCGGGUCGUCCAUCUCGUCGAGGAGGAUCACCACGUUAUGAUUCAGGUUCAAUGCCAAUGCGAUCAUCACGAAAUCGAGAUAUGCCAAUGAUGUCAUCAAGUCGUAAUGGUAAUUAUUCAGGUGGCGGCGGUCCCGAUCGAUCGUAUCCGAGUAUGCGUAAUAGCUACAUGGACGCACGAUCUCGUCCGUACGAUUCACCUUAUGAACGUCAACGUAUACCACCACAUUUACCACCAAUGAAUUAUCCGGAUCCGUACAGUCGUCCUGGUGGUGAUCCGUACAGUAUGCGUAGUGGUGGUGUUGAUCCCUAUGGUCGUGAUGAUUUUUAUCAUCAUCGAGGACCACCAAUGCCGAUUGCUGAUCAUUAUGGACGUGGACCACCGAUGCGUCGUUAUGCUGCUUCACCUCCAUCAUCACGUAAUGGAUCUGGUCGUUAUGGAUCAUCACCACGAUCAUCAUCAUCAUCUCGUCGUCCAGCAAGAAGAUCACCGCCGCCACCACCUUCAAGUUCAUCACGAUCACGUCGAUAG